UAGGAGGUGAACUCUGUUGGGAAAUCUAGCUGGUGUGAUGGACAGGGUUAUCUCCGUAAAUCUCCUACUUGGUGUCCUGGUCAUACUACCGCUGUUCGGAGUGGUCAGUGUACAAGCAAGAAGCCUCCUGGCCCCUGAAAACCAGGUUUUACCCCACAAAAACAAGGCAGACAUCCAGCAAAAAAUUCUAGCAUUAUUGCUGCAGAAAACCUUGGAGCCAAUUGACAGAAAUGCUUUGGAAUUUGAACUGUCUGGCAAAGAAGAGGACCUAGAGGAGCUGCAGAGGCAGAUCAUCUCAAGGGCUGAUGGAAAAGAACAUAGCAAAAGAGAAGAAGCCUGUUUCUGGAAGUACUGUGUGUGAUCACCAAGCCAGAGGACUGAUGGACAGCAUGACAAGACACUUACUUCCUCGGGAGAAAUGGGUUGAACAGAACUAAAGUGGAACGACAAACAGCCUCCGGAAGAUCAUGAACACAUGCAUAGAUUCAUCCUGGUAGAUAGCCCCAAAAACAGUACAUUCAUUUCAAUCACUUACAAGCUGAAACACAUUUUACAUCUCAUCCAUCACCCAAAUGACAUGGAUCCAAUAGGAAAUGCCUAGAAAAAGUGAACAAACAUAUUACAUUGCUUCAGCCCUCAAAACUGAUGAGCGUUAACCCCUAGUUCUCCAAGGUUGUUGUUCAUGUAGGUAUAAGUACAAUUCAUUUCUUAAUAGAAUA